GUGUGUGUGUUUUGUUUCAUGUGUGGUGUAAGGAGAUAAGUAAUGUGGUGUCUUUCAUGCGUCUCUUCUCCAACUAAUUCAGAACCAAUGGCUGCUAUCAGGAAAAAGCUGGUGAUCGUCGGCGAUGGUGCCUGCGGUAAAACCUGUCUGCUGAUCGUCUUCAGCAAGGAUCAAUUCCCGGAGGUGUAUGUGCCGACCGUGUUCGAGAACUACGUGGCCGACAUCGAAGUCGACGGCAAGCAAGUCGAGCUGGCGCUAUGGGACACGGCUGGACAGGAAGAUUAUGACAGACUGAGGCCGCUGAGCUACCCAGAUACCGACGUUAUUCUCAUGUGUUUCUCCGUCGAUUCACCCGACUCGCUGGAGAACAUCCCCGAAAAAUGGACACCCGAGGUCAAGCAUUUCUGCCCCAAUGUUCCCAUCAUCUUAGUCGGUAACAAGAAAGAUCUCAGAAAUGACUCACACACUAUUAAGGAAUUGGCCAAAAUGAAGCAGGAGCCAGUGAAGCCACAGGAGGGACGUGCGAUGGCCGAGAAAAUAAAUGCAUUCGCAUAUUUAGAGUGUUCGGCCAAGUCGAAGGAAGGUGUGCGCGAGGUGUUCGAAACGGCUACGAGAGCAGCGUUACAGGUCAAAAAGAAGAAGAAGAGUAAAUGUGUUCUGCUCUAAAAGAGCAAAGCCAGCAUUUGUGCUCCUUUACUGGCGC